AUGGCGGGAGCGGCUCCGCUGCCCCCGCCCGCCGCCCGAACCGCGGGAAAACGGCGUCACCCCCACUUCCGUCACUUCCGCGCCGGCGGCCGCGCCCCCGCCCCGCCCGCGGCCCCGGGAACGGGGCGGGACCGGGGCAGAGGCGGCGCGGCCCGGCUCGGCCUCGCAGAACCGCCCGGGCCCCGCGGCCGCCACAGGAACGGCAGCCCCGCCGUGCCUGAGACUUCAGGUACUCAGGGAGCACAGCCGAUACAUCUUUUCCGUGAGCUGGGAAGGAACGCGGGCCGGCCCAAAGGAUUUUCUUCAUGUCAAGACUUGCCCUUUGCCUCCUUACUAAAGCUGCAACACUUUAGCUGGAGGAGAGAGGCCUUGGAGCUUUUAUUGUGUUUUGCAAGGCCUGAUUACAUGGAUCACAUUGAUUGGUCACAACAACUUUGUUCAUGCAAAGACCAGCUCAACAUCAGAGGCUCUUUGGGAUCCACGAGGGAGCAACACAGCCCCCUCUACCAACUAAACAUGGUGGCACAGGAUACUGAUUUUGCUGUUUCAGUAAUAAAGUAUGUCUCAGCGUUAGGAUUGAUCUUGUUUUUUAUGAGGAGUUCUAAAACUAUUUCCAAAGAUAAUUGUCCAAUGAGGUCAUUUUUACACUAACCCUUUUCUGGAAUUCGCUGCGCUGGAAAUGUGGUUUCUUCAGUGCAGUACAGCCAUCUUUGUUUAUUAGACUCUUAACUAUUAUUAUACUUGUACUUAUUAUACUUUUAUUAUUUAAAAAGGAAAAAAGCCCAAGCAUCUCCAAGAGCUAUUUCUUUCCAUGGAUCUGUCUCCCAUGCUUCAUCGACUUGGUCUAAAAGGGCAGAAGUUCUAACACGAGCUUUUGCUGCACUCUAGGUGUUUUAGGUUGUCUUUCUACACAAACUGCCUGGCAUUUAAUAAGACACAAGCUCAUGCUGGGAGCUUUUCCUGGGUGCACACAAUUUCUCUCCCUCCUUCCCCACACUUAUUUUCACACUGCUGAUUUAAGUAAAUUUCCUUCCAACAGGCUCAAAAGCUAUUAUGGAUGGGCAUACAGCAUGAUCAUAGAAACCUCCCGUCUUGUAAGAACAAAUCUAUUUCUCCCCCUGCUCCACCACUCCUUCAGCAGCCUCAUUUGCUGGUGUCUCCAUUAAAGGGCACACCACAGAUCAUCAAGUUUGGCUACUUAGUUUUAUUUUGAAAACAAGUUAAAGACUGGAUGAAGCUUGCUUAGAGAUUAACAAGUUUAAUGUUUAACUUAGUGAAAAUAGGAACAGAACACUCCUGAAAAGGUAGGAAACAUCCUUAAAAGUACUUCAACGUAAAUCUUGCAUCAUACAGGGCUCCAAAGAAUGCACCAGCAACCUUGUGCUGACAUAUACUUGACCUUUGUUGCAAGCACGCAAUUGCAACAUCCCGAAUGUCUGUAGCUAAAGUUUUCCCAGCAAGUUUUCCAGCUUGCUUGCACAUAUAUUGAGCAGCAGUGUAAAUAUAAUUUAUACAUUAACAUCUAGCCUGUAUGCAUGUGAGGCCUUAUUUGAUGUUCAUGAUUGCCAUGCACCAUCAAAAAUGGAUUUUAAAAGUCCAGCUGUAGAAUACAGCAGUUGUACUUUCCAUUUGACAUAUAAUGCACUUACACCAGGACCAAUCAGUAAAUUAAGCCACAUGCAGAUGAAUUAAAAAAAAGGUAUUGUGUAUUUAGCAAACUUCCUUUAAAACAAAUUACUUUAUCUCAGUCUAAACAUUCACAAUAGCAGGAAGCUGGAUCAAAGCAUGUUUACAAUUGUGUAAUAUCUCCAAAAACAGUAAAGCAUCCUCCUACUGUAUUAAGAAAAGAUCCUUUAAAAGAUGAAAAAUAAGAUUAGUACAAAGUCUCUUGACUGAAUUAACCUAAGAUGAAUGAUUUGGACACCUAUGUUGUAUAUUAUUUAAAAAUAGAUUACACAGUGUUUUAGGGUAUUUUUUCAAAUAUACCAUUAUUCUGUAAACAUUCGUACUUUUCUGAUGAAUCAAUGCUCAAAAUUUGGCCAGAAGACAAGUCAGUUCCCAUGUCAUGGAAGCUCUCAAGUGGAUCUGGGGGGAGAUUUUUCAGACUUAGUUUUUUUAAUGUUACUCCCUUUUUUUCUGUCCUGUAUUUUUUCUUGCAAGCAGCUUCAAAACAGCAAGUACAUCUUAUUCAUCUUAUAUAUUCUGCACUCUCCCCUUGAAAAGUUGGCAUUACAAGGAUCCAAAUUGUAUCAGAAAAGAGGAAAAUCAAUCUUGCUUUAAGAAUAACAGUUUUAAGUGUAAAUGGCAGGAUACAGAAUGGUAUUGGUGAUAUUGAGCAAGUCCCAGAUUACUUGGCACAGCUCAGUGGCACAGGCUGGCAGGAA